UUCCAGCUUAUCUAUUCUAUCCAUUUCUGAUCAUGUCGAAUUACCCUCACCAAAAUCCCUCCGGCGCCGGCUACCCCUACGGCGCACCGCCUCCCUCCUCGCAAUCCUACCCAUCCGCUCCCUACGGUGCUCCUCCGCCUCCCGGCCAAGCCUCCCCCUACGCCCCCGUCGCCUCCCCCUACGGCGCCCCCUCCGCUCCCCCUGGCGCGCCCAAUCAGUCCUACGGCGGCUACCCGCCGGCAGCGUACGGAAGCCCCUUCGCCGCGCUCACUCCCUCGGCUUUCCCUCCCGGCACUGAUCCGAGCGUGAUCUCCUGCUUUCAGAUGGCCGAUCAGGACGGGAGUGGAUUCAUCGAUGAUAAGGAGCUUCAGCGCGCGCUCUCCUCGUAUAACCAGAGCUUCAGUUUGAGGACCGUGCAUCUGCUUAUGUAUCUCUUUACCAACACUAACACCAGGAAAAUAGGUCCGAAAGAAUUCACUCAAGUCUUUUACAGUCUUCAGAGCUGGAGGGCAAUAUUUGAGAGAUUCGACAGGGACAGAAGCGGCAAGAUUGACACAAACGAGCUGAGGGAGGCCCUCCUCAGUCUCGGAUUCUCAGUGUCACCGGUGGUUCUGGAGUUGCUGGUCUCCAAGUUUGACAAAAGUGGUGGCAAGAACAAGGCCAUUGAAUACGACAAUUUCAUCGAGUGCUGUCUCACUGUGAAGGGACUGACUGAGAAAUUCAAGGAGAAGGAUACCUCAUUCUCUGGUUCAGCAACUUUCACCUACGAAUCCUUCAUGUUAACUGUUUUACCUUUCCUUAUUGCUUAGGAGAAUGCAGCUUAUGUCGUUUCUGCUAUCUUCGUCGAAUUUGGAAUCUAAAUCUUUUGUGUUGAUGUUUUUUACUUUCAUAAACGGCCGUAGCGUUACAUAGCUGUUAUUUGCGUUGUAAUAUGUCUAUUAUCUAGUUUUAAAACAGUGUAAUUUUCUGCUGUUUGUGAAAAUUUAUGAAUCACGUGCUUCAAGUGUUUGAUUA